AUGCCAGCCGUCGCUGAUAUCUCGGACCUAACACCUUGCAAGGAGUCGAAACAGUUCGCCAAGAGGGAGAAGCAACAGAUUAAGAAGCUCGGAUCAUCUCUCAAGCUCUACGCUCCUGAGAGUGCUCCUGCUCUUGCUCUUAACGCUCAGAUCGAGAAGACCAAACGCAGGUUGGACAACUACGGCAAGUACGGACUUCUCUGUGGGGCAGACGGGCUACCACACCUGAUAGUGAACGGAGAUCAGAGGCAUUUGGGAGAGUUUAUAACUCCCGGACUUUUGUUCCUCUACAUUGCGGGAUGGAUAGGGUGGUUGGGGAGAAGCUACUUGAUAGCGAUUAGUGAUGAGAAGAAACCAGCUAUGAAAGAGAUCAUUAUUAAUGUACCAUUGGCUAGUCGUCUCAUCUUCCCUGGUUUUAUUUGGCCUGUUGCUGCUUACAGAGCGUUGCUCAAUGGCGAUCUCAUUGCCAAGGAUGUCUAA